UCUCCCCCCCGUCCAAGCUCUUCUCAUCUACAGCGCUGGUCAAUGUCGGCCUCUCCAGGCUCUCCUCCACGAACGGUAUAUAUUGAGAACUCCAAUACUCGCGUACCAAAUCGAGAUGAUGUAGGCGAACCUCAUCUUUCUCAGCUCCACAGCGCCUCCGCGGUUACAGACGACAACCUCGAGGAAAAAAUUCCGGAUUACCUUCAACAGUUAGAGGAUGAAUGGCAAGACGACCCCGUCAACCCCAGAAAUUGGUCUCAGGCAAGAAAAUGGACAGCCACUGCAAUCCUUGCACUCUACACUUUUGUGACUCCAUUAGCAAGUUCCAUCAUGGCACCCGGAUUGCCAGAUGUGGCCAUAAAAUAUGGUAUAACCGAUCCAACAAUCACAGCGUUGACUCUCAGCAUCUUUGUUCUGUCACUGGCCAUCGGUCCUUUAUUUGCCGCACCCUUGUCUGAAGUAUAUGGUCGUGUGUGGGUCCUCCACUUAUCGAACCUCUCCUUCCUCGUGUUUAAUCUUGGCUGUGCUUUCGCACCCAACACUUCAGCUUUCCUCGCCUUUCGGUUUCUAGCUGGUUUUGCGGGGAGUGCACCCAUCGCAUGUGGCGGAGGUGUCGUUAGCGACCUCUUCUCCGAACGCGAACGUGCCUCCGCUAUGGCGCUAUGCUAUUCCGGACCCUUAAUAGGCCCUGUUGUCGGGCCCGUCAUAGGAGGCUUCAUCGCAGAGUCGCUCGGCAUAGAAUAUGAUUUCUAUGUCGUCGCCGCGAUCUGCGGUGUUGCAGCAGUGAUCGGCAUUGCUUUUUUAAGAGAAUCCUAUGCACCAGUCAUCAGGCUUCGUCGUGACAAAAUAGCUACGGAUCUUGAAAAGGUUCCUGAAGGACAUCCUACCCUCACCGCACUCCAGAUGAAUAAAUGGGUUUACUUGUGGAUCAACCUCAAACGACCCGUCAUACUUUUGACGCGGAGUUUUCUAUGCUUCAUCCUCAGCUUAUACGUUGCUCUGAUUUAUGGCAUCUACUACUUGAUGUUUUCCACGUUCCCAACCCUCUUUUCGGAAGUAUACCACUUCAAUGUCGGAAUCGGAGGUCUGACAUACAUUGGACUUGGCGUUGGAUUCGUAAGCGCCGCCAUCUUCGGUGCCAAACUUUCCGACAAGAUAUACAUUCACUUGGCUGCAAAAAAUGGAGGAGUUGGUACGCCGGAGAUGCGCAUACCCGCUCUGAUAUUUGGUUCGUUGUUCGCCCCAGUGGGACUAUUUUGGUAUGGCUGGUCUGCACAAGCCCAAAUCAACUUUAUUAUGCCCAUCAUCGGUACCGCCAUCUUUUCGUUUGGACUAAUGACAACUUUCCUUCCUGUUCAAUUAUACCUCGUAGAUACGUUUACAUAUGCUGCAAGUGCAACUGCAGCAGCUUCUACGUUACGUUCACUAUUUGGCUUCGCAUUCCCUCUCUUUGGACAGCAAAUGUUCGCAGCACUCGAUUAUGGGCCAGGCAACUCCCUUCUUGCAGGUCUUGCCAUCGUCAUCGGUAUACCAUUCCCCAUCUGGAUAUAUUACGCUGGCGAACGUAUGCGUGCAAAUAGCUCUCUUGCUCGUUGAUUUUUCUCUCUUCCUCUGAUGUAAUUGUAUGACCAGGAUGAGAUAGCCUAUUGUUCGGCCCAAAAGGGACAUUGCGCAUAAAGUAGGAUUAAACAAGUUAUUGUAUGAUUUAUAUUUGGUUGCUGAUGUGAUAUGUAGCUGGGCGUCAA